UAUUAAGGUCAAAUUUUCAAGUCUGUGUGGGUGCGCCUAGCCUAUAUGCAGCUCUGAUUUUGGUGAGACAUUUUGCUUAAACUUAAGAUCUGUUUUGAUGUUUGCAGACAAAUUUAGGAUCAUAGUGAUAAUCAUAUUCCAUUAAAAUUGUGGAAGCUUAACUCUCACAUCAACUUCUCUAAAAAAGUGUAACACACAAAAUAAUUACAUAAACAUUCAAUGAUUUUGUCAAUAUUUAUCUUAAAAAUGAAUGCAUAGAAAUAAAGGUAUGCCUAUUAAUAGUUUUAAUCAGUAUAGAUGUAAAUAUAAUUUUAUUUGCUUCAUUUAAGUUAAUAUUUUUAAUAGGAAAGAUUAUUUUUUAAAUUAUUGUAUUGAGUUAUUUAGGGUUAAGACUUUGAAUAAUUUGCUCAGGUAGACAUGCUAUUGCCUUUUAUUCUGAUUUUUGUCAUUGGAGUAAGUCCCAUCAUUUUGGCUUAUGCUAUAAGUUAUUGCUUAUUUAUAAUUGCUGAUGCAAUAAUUCUAAAAUGCAAAAAAUUACAAUGAGGAAUUUAAGAAUCAAAAAUAAUCUAUAUAGUAAUAUAGGAUUUUAAACACCAACAUUAUUAUUUUUAUUAAAUAUUCUCACUGUAUUUCUAUCCAUAAAAUUUCUAACUCACCCACCACUUGUCACUACUUGCAGAUUUUUUUAGUCCCUACUCUUAAAGGAGACAUGGCAGCUAGUGCAGUAAAAAAAUUAGCAGGCAAAGUUGCAAUAGUAACAGCAUCAACAGAAGGGUAAGCACUACUGGUAACUAUUAACAAUCUAUUUUUUGUUUUAUUAGGAAUUAAAAUUAUACAUACCAGGCAUACAUGUAUUCCUUCCUAAUCUCAUCUAUGUAUAGCGUAUUUUAUCAUUCUAUUUUUUAUCAAAUAGUAUCACAUUGUAUCUCAACAUCAAAUAAGAAUACCCCGGUAGUUAUCAAAUUUAGAGCAAUUUUAGUAGAAGCUAAAUAAACAAUAAAUAUUUUUCAAAAUUUUAUUAAAGGAUUGGUUUUUUCAUUGCUCGGAGACUUGGUCAAGAUGGAGCCAAGGUUAUGAUAAGUAGUCGCAAACAACAGAAUGUAGACAAUGCUUUAAGUCAGCUGAGAGCGGAAAAUUUAAAUGUUGAGGGUAUUGUUUGCCAUGUUGCCAAGAAAGAAGACCGUCUGAGGUUAAUAAAAGAGGUAAGAGAAAACACAUAAGACAUUACUUUUCAAUUUGAUCUUUAUGUAAUUAUAAAUGCUGUUUUGAAGGGUAUACUUAAGACCUAAUUUUAUAUUAAUAUGUUUUUCCAAUGGUUUUUGUAUUUUUAAAUGUUAAAAGUACUUUUAAAAUCUUUGUCUUUAAGUUAUUCAUUAAAUAUUGUGCCCUUGUAGGAAGUAAAAAUCAAAUAUCAUUUUGUUACUUAUUUCAAAGAAGAGACAGUACGUUUUAAAAAGUGACCUCUCAAAUAAGAUGUGUUCUGUGGUUGUCAACGCUGCAAUCUGACCAAGUAGCUGUCAGCUAUAUGUAGUCAAAUUAUGAGAAUGAAUGCACAUGCUGAGUUAUUUUCUAAGAAUUCUUAUGGUGUCCUUUAAUGACCAAUGGCACAGAUUAUAGAUUAAGCCAGUAACAUCUGACGUGUACAGCCAAAAGAAAUUUUGCUGAGAUUGACCCCAUAUACACCUUGAGUUCAGAUGAUGAAUAAAAUUAUUGAUUUGCCCAUAAUUUGAAUUCCUCAAAUUCUGGAUUUUUUAAAAUUGACUAUCCAAUUCUUCCCUCAACUCAUGUUACAGAACAGUUUAUAAAAUAUUUAUGAACUUUAUUUCAGUAGUUUACUUGAGAUUUUCCAUGAGCUUCAACUGUAAAUAAAAAAUUAAUCAACUUCAACCAUUUAUUUUUAAUUUGUUCAAGACUUCAGCUAAAUUUGGUGGUGUUGACAUUUUAGUGUCUAACGCAGCAGUGAGCACUUAUUUUGGACCAACAUUGAAG